GUGGCUGAGGUCGGGGAGGGCGGUCGUAUGUGGCCCUCUUAGAAUUAUUAUACGUAUUCUAGUGUGGCGGCUGUAUAUAUAUUUUUUUCAUUUUAAAGACUAUAAUUUCGUGAAGUUGUUGUCUGUGUUUUGUCUUUUAUACCAGUUACCCCGAGGAACUCCUGCUUGUAAGAGGGAGACCCUCACCAAGACGAAGCUCCAUGAAUCAGCCAUUCACUUGCGGUUUCCAAGGGGCUCCUGGUCCUUGGGAAUUUAGAGGGAAUCAGCUACAGCCGCCUCAAGACUUCAGCCAACACCAGUACCAGCAGCAAAAUCAACUGUUCUUUAACCAACCCUGCAACCAGAACACUUACACCAAUAACUUCCAACAGUUGAGAAACGAUAUCCCUUCACCUUGUCCAAACCAGAUCUGGAAUACUUUUGAACCUUUCAACCAGAAUGGUUUCCAGAAUUAUGAGCAUAAGAACGUACAGCAGCAGCAGCAGCAACAACAGCAACAUCUGCACAAUCAAAACCAGUUUCCAGCUUGGCCCUUUCAACACAGUGAUGUGAGGAACAAUGCACAAUAUGGACACCCAAUGUACACACAAGGACGCUUCGACCACGGAGAAAAAUGGAGCUCUCAGGAUGCCACCUCUUCACAACAUCCUCCAACUUGGAAUUUGCCACACACUCCAGCAUGGCAAAAGCCACAGCCUCCAGCCUGGAAAAAGCCACAUCCACCAGUCACGAAGCAGCUGUUUCCUCCAGCUUGGAAGCCAUUCUCACGCACGUCGUCCCUCGUCUCCAUAAACAACAAGGAGGACAGAGCCAUCAUGCCAAAAGAGGACAGUAAUAAUAAACAUUCCAGCAAAAGUGAAGCUUCGGAGAGACCAGUGAACGUAAGCAAAGGUGACAACAAGAGUGGCGAAACAUUAACAGUGUUAACAAAUGAUAGAACAGAUGCGAGAAACGAGUUAUCAAAUGAAUCUGUAUCUCCUAACAACUGUAAUAUUCUUAAAAAAUCCUCUAAAAGCAGUGACGAUGUUACGACGGAAUUUCACACAGCUAUAAAGGACUCCCAAGAGGUAUCAAGUGACUCCCAAAAGCUAUCAAUUGACUCCCAAGAGGUAUCAAGUGACUCCCAAAAGCUAUCAAUUGACUCCCAAGACUUAUCAAGUGACUCCCUACAAUUGAAAGAAAUUAGUAAAAGUUCUGGUAGGAAAAGUGAGGUUUUGAAAAGACCAAAAGAGGUGUUUGAAGAUAAACUCCAUAUAGACGGUACUAUCACAAACCCGACUAGGGAACCAGAAAACUUGAUUAAAACCAACAGACUAGUUUUGCACGACUCAAAAGAUUCGUUAGAGAACAGAAGUGAAGUUUUAGAAGAGUCUUAUAAUACAAAUGAUAUUUCGAAAGAAUUAAAUGUGUUGAAGGACCUGCCUCACAGAAACGAAAACGAUGUUGUGAAAGAAUCACAUGAAGUGUCAAAAUAUUGUAUAGGUAAUCCGAGUGAUAGUUUAAAUAAACCAGAUAAAAUAUCAAAGCAUUUACUCGACAUUUGCCCAGUUUUGAAAGAACCAUCAAAGUUUGCGUCACUAGAAUCGGAAAACAAAACUUGCAUCUUGAAGGAGUCUGAUGUGUCAAAAGAGUCAGGUGAAAGCAGUAUCAAAUUUUUAAAUGAAGGAAAUGAAGCAGUAAAAGCUUCUCAUAAAAAUAAAGCUUUGAAAGUGCGAGAUAAAACCUUCAAAGAGUUACUUGAAAAUCAAAACGAAAUUUUGAAAGAAUCAUCUAAAACGUCAACAACUGUGCAGGAGACUGAUCAUUUUGUCAAAGAAGCAACUAUGAGUCACAUUGAAAAGUUUCAAUAUUCGAGUAACACGAAAACAUCUAUAAGAACCAAUUUAUCCAGAGAAAGUGACGCCACUAACAAAAAAACACAUGAAAACUGCAUUGAUAAAUUUAGACACUCUUCAAAAAACAAAAAUGGGCUUUCAAAAAGUUCUGCCAAACAUAAAUAUGAGGUAUUUAUGCAUGAAAAAAAGAAAAGUGACAUAAAAAACACCGAGAGAAAAAGAAAGGACAUGAAUGAUUUAAGGAGACUCAAAAGGAAGGCUUCUGAUGAGUCUGGUAAAUACAACCACAAGAGGGUCAAACAAUUUAAGAAUAAGGCGAAUUUGGUAGCCUGCAGGAGUGACAUAGACACGAGCUCAGCUGUCGACCACAGAGACGCAGCGAGACAACCCUCUCCGAAUUCAAGUACGGUGUUGAAGUCUACAGUUAAAAGUGAUGAUAGAAUACUGGAAGAAACACACGAAAACAAUAGUGAACUACAUAAAUACUCGUCGAAGAAAAGGAAUGAAGCAACCGGCAGUGCUUCCAGCACCACAGGCAAUAAUACACCCAAGAAGAAUGCCCAAACUAGCAGCCGGGAAUUGAAAUUAGACUUGACAAGAUCCCCCAAAUCUGAAAAUACUGAAAUAGUGACUCAAAGCCUGACGAGUAAAUUUCGAGAACAGCCUUUGAUGACCACAGACAUAUUUGCCAGACAUUCUUCUCCCUGCUCAUCUAAGGAAAUCAUUUGUUACACCUGCAAAAAUGUAGUGAAGGAAUAUCAGCUCUCCUCACAUCUCUUCUUUGGCUCUGUGAAGUGUCGUGAUUGUUGUAGGGAGAUCACAUCCUGUAGGAGUUUCAGAGAAAUGAGAAGGGCAACAGACGCUAAGAAAGGCUCAACUUGCCUCCACAGAUCUUUAAAGUGGUUGAAUAACCCAUUUUCCUACAUAAAGAACAAGCUGCAAAAAAAACUACGGAAGAUAAAGUUGAAGGGCAAGCUAACAGAAGAAGACCUUCUCAUUGGGGUGUCUGCAUUUGCCAGGAGAUUGAGAGCCCUUGAACACAAGUCGCCUUGGAGGUCAGCCAUCGAAAAACUGAGAAGGUCUUUAGAAUCAGGUAUUCCACGUGAAUAUUUAACGAAGGUUGAAAAGAACUGUAAUUUAGCCUCAUGUGAUUCAGCUCGAAUAGAAACAAAACCAGAGGGAUACGACACUUAUUUCAGUGAUAAAAGGAAUGCCAGUUGUAAGUCCUAUGGUGAAGAACGUGAAAAUGACCAGAUCCAAAAAGAAAAUCCAAAGCAUACAAUGUCAAUGCCACCAUCACCGUCAGUGUUGCUGGAUAAUGCCCUAGAGGACAUGAAUAAUUUAUCUUCAGUUGAAAAGCAAAAGGCUUCUGAACCUUCACUGGUUGACAGUGAGCGAAUACCUCAGAUAGUUGAAGAGGAAGUUAUUAUACCUCAGACAAUGUGGGAGGACGAUAUAAUUAGUUUUGGUGGGGUCGAGCAGGUGGAUGAAAAUAUUAUCUCGGUGUGUGCAUGUGAGGACAGUAGUAAGCUGCGGGGAGUGGUCAAAGAUGGUACAGUAGUGCUACAAGCUCCAGGACACGCCUCGUUGAUUGUGAAUGCGGAUGAGCUACGAAGUGCAAAAGCAAAACUUGAGGAGCAGGCAGUGAGUGGUGAGCAGAAUAUUUCAGAGGAAUAUGAGUUCGCUUAUGGAUCAUUGAAUGAGUUCAUUCCCAAAGGAGUGAGUAAAAUGACACUCAUUACUCAGCAAUCACUGACUCUACCUGAGGAAACAGGCAAAGUAACGUUUUCAACUGAGGAAGUAAGAAUGUCAAAAAUGGUUCAGGAGAUUAAGAAGGCACCAGAGUUUGGAGAAACACACUUCCAGUCAGACAUGAGCAAAGCAGAAAUCAUCCCUAAAAAAGUUGAGGCUAAACCAGUAAAAAGCAUAGCUGAACAGAAGUUUGAUGAAAUACACAACAUGAAAUUGGACAUUACCCAAGCUGAACAGGAGGAAAUUAGAGAAAAAACUUUAAUAACUAAGAAACCUGCUAGUAGGAAUUCCAAUCAUGCUAAGAAGUCUUGUAAGAUGAAUGUUCAGGAUGAGGAAGAGUCACAAAUCAUCAAGAAGUAUAAUCUUCGGAGGCACAGACAUCAGCCAUUCAUUUCAUUCCUGCAGAGGCUGAAGAAACAGUAUAAGAAUGGUGAAUUGUGGACACACAUUCUUCCAGCAGUAAAGGCUUUCCAUGAGCAUUCCUCAAGAGAAGAGGAUGGAGAUUCUUUUGAUCUGACUUUGAACUAUGAGGAGGCUGAUGAUGAGUUCAUGAUGGACAUCCUUCUAUCUCAGGCUUAUGGACUACAGCACAUGAAUGAGAUUGCCGAUGUCAUGUCCAAAAAAGACCGCAAUAUUGUUUCUCAAAUCGAAAAUGCCAUAAAAAACUCUUCCAUGUUUGUAAAUAAGCCAGACUUCAUUCCUUCACACGUCACCAGGUCCAGCUCAAGGGCUGGUCUCAAAUCUUACAGCAAGAGGAAGAUAGUGCAAGAGAAGACGACCUCACCUAAGGCCCACCUCGACCCAAUGGUCUUUGGAAAAGACAUUCCUCAGAAUAAGAGUUCAAAGAUCCACAUAGUGACCCCACCUCCAGACGGCUUUUAUUAUGUGGCCACCUACCCUACAGAGCCAUGCCCGACAGAAUGCCCCAUGUGCUACUACAGGAUAUUCCCUUCAAUGUUUGCCCUGAACCUUGUCACAAAUCUGGCCACGGCUCGGUGCUUCGGGUGCCCAUUAACCAUCUACAUAGUCCAGGAGCCGGUCAACACCUCCCUACCCAAGAUCGUCUUCGAGAGCAACAAGAGAGAAGAUACAGUAGUCACGGAGAAGCCCUACAAGCCCAAGCCUGCCAGGUUCAAGGUGACUGUCAACAAGUCCAAGAAGAAGAGGAGGAGGAGGCUGUCGAUUCAUCAGUUCAUUAAAAAAUGAGGUCUCUUAAUGUCAAUUUCUGUGUAACGAGCACUAUGGCUGAUAUAGUCAUUUUUAUUGUGAUAUUUAGAUGAAGCUGUAAUCCAGCUUCCUUGGUGUUUCUCAUUUUUGUGAUUCUCAAAA